GUCAGAGUCCGAGAGUCAGAGAAGAAGCGCCGCAGGGUUUUGCGUUGUAGCGUUUAUUUGUGCUGCAGCGCCUUUUCUUCUUUUAAUUUGACGGAAUUUUAUUUGAAUUCAGACAGAAUCUCGAACUGAACCGAGUUUGCAUCACCCUCUGCUUGUUAACAAACUCAGACUGAGAGCAUAAAGCUAACUGAGCUAACUAAGCUCCAUGUUCCAGUGUGAGAAGGAGAUCAGACUGUGGAGAUCAGACUGUGAGGAUUACUCUGUGGAGAUCAGACUGUGAGGAUUACUCUGUGGAGAUCAGACUGUGAGGAUUACUCUGUGGAGAUCAGACUGUGAGGAUUACUCUGUGGAGAUCAGACUGUGAGGAUUACUCUGUGGAGAUCAGACUGUGAGGAUUACUCUGUGGAGAUCAGACUGCAGUCAUGGCCUCACUGGCGAACAGCAGCUCCUCCACCGAAUACACCGUCCGGGUACCCAAGAACACGAGUAAGAGGUACAGCAUUAUGGCUUUUAACGCUGGAGACAAAGUGAACUGUUCCACGUGGACUCAGGCUCGGAUGGAGCGGGAUCUGAGCAACAGGAGGAUGUAUGGUGAAGAGGAGACACCAGAGGGAGCUGCUGGCAGCGAGUUUGGAAAAAAACAGAGGGAGGAGGCACGCAGGAAGAAGUUUGGGAUCGUAACUCGUGAGUUUAAGGUAGAAGACCAGCCGUGGAUCCUCAAAGUGAACGGGAAAGCAGGGAGAAGGUUUAAGGGGCAGAAGAAAGGAGGAGUCACAGAGAACGCUUCAUACUACAUCUUCACGCAGUGCGCUGACGGAGCGUUCGAGGCGUUUCCUGUUCACGCCUGGUACAACUUCACCCCGGUGGCCAAACACCGCACGCUCACUGCCGAGGAGGCCGAGGAAGAGUGGGGCAGGAGGAAUAAAGUGGUCAAUCACUUCAGCAUCAUGCUACAGCGGCGACUGAAAGAGCAGGAACAUGGUGAGGAAGAGGAGGAGGAGGGAGAAAAGGGAGCGAAGAAAAAGAAGAAGAAAAAAAGUGGCCAGGGAGGAGACCUGCGUAUACAUGACUUGGAUGAUGAUCUGGAGUUGAGCAGUGAUAACAGUGAGAGCAGUGCAGGAGAAGACGGAGAAGGUCGGUCAAAAAGUAAGAAGGAGAGCAGCUCAAAGUCCAAGGGGAAAAAGAAGAAAAAGAAGAAGGGUAGUGAUGUGGAGGGACAUGAGGACAGUGAUGAUGGAGACUUUGAAGGUCUGGAAGUGGACUACAUAUCUGAUGAGAGCAGUUCUGAGGAAGAGGAGCCGGAGAAAAUGAAGCCCAAUAAAGGAGAGGACGUGCCUAAAGGAAUUGAUGAAGCAUCUGAGAGUGAGGAGGAGAGUGAGGAGGAGAACAAGAACGAGGAAGAGGCCAAAGAGGAGGAGGAAGAUGAUGAAGGCAAAAAGACACCUGUACAGGUGGAGAAGAAGAAGAAGAAAGACAGCAGUGGCGAGUCGGACAGCUCUGAGGACAGUGACAUCGAAGGAGAGACGGCGUCGGCUCUCUUCAUGGCGAAGAAGCGUACUCCUCCUAAAAGAGGUGGCCGAGGUUCUGCUGGAAGUUCUCGAGCAGGAAGUCGUCCUGGAACACCUUCCAUUGACCAUGCUGCCACCUCCAACACAUUGCGUGCUGCUGCAACCAAACUGGAGCAGGGUAAGCGUCAGGCGGCGAUGUCCAGCUCAGACACUCCUGCUGCCAAGAGGCUGAAGAUGGAGCCGACUUCUCAGAGCCCAUCGGGGAAGAGCACUCCACAACCAGCAUCCGGGAAAUCCACACCCAGCUCCAGUGACGUGCAGCUGACCGAGGAGGCAGUGCGCCGUUAUCUGAUCCGUAAACCCAUGACCACUAAAGACCUGCUGAAGAAGUUCCAGACCAAACGCACUGGACUGAGCAGUGAGCAGACAGUCAAUGUUCUUGCACAGAUCCUCAAGAAGCUCAACCCAGAGAGGAAGAACAUCAACGACAAAAUGCACUUCUAUCUCACUGAGUAGAUAGAGCGAGAGAGAGAUUAAAAAGAGAGUGAAAAAAAGCUACUGCAAGGGGGUGGGGCCAAACACAACUUGUCACAACCACUUGUGGUGCGAUUGGGUAGGUGAGUGUGUGUGGGUGUGGCCAUGUGUUGGAGCUGUAAAAUAUCUGAGAAACUUUUUGUUUUCCUACUUUUUUAAGUUUACACAGAUACACUGUUAAAAAAUGUAUUUGUAAUAAUUCUAACAUAACAUACAGUUUGGAGCAGAACUGUUUGAAAAUGUUUAAUAAAAAACAACGCAGACUCUUAAA